AUGUCGCGUCGUGGAGGCCGUUGGGGUAUGAAUUUUAUUUCUGCCAGUGGCCCACAGUCACAUUUGUCGAUGAACAGUCUGCAGACUACUGAGGUGGCGGCUCAGGGGCUGCAACAGCGCUCGAACGACCCCUCAAAGAUUAGAUCCUCCGCCUAUCCACCGCCUUCCUCAUUUGCCGGCGCUCCUCCGAGAGCACAGACCUCAUUUGCUCCUGGCUACAACCCCCAAAGGACUUGUAGCGGUAGCUCUCGCGCAUUUUCCCAUCUCGGCAAACGUCGUAUGCAGGAUGAUGAUGACUACUUUAACGAUGAUGAAGAGAAGGACGAGGAGUUGGAGUAUCUGCCUGCUCCCGGAAGCCCCGCGGCGCAAGGCAGUCGCGGAGGUAGGGAGACUGGAAGUCCUGUUGCCAGGGCUGCCGACUCGGACGACUCUGAUGAUCCUUUGGAUAAAUUCAUGCAAGGAAUAGAGGAAGAAGUGGAUAAAUUGAAGUCAAACGAAGGGAAGAAGAAGAAGGAGGAUAAUGAUAGCAAGAAGACAAAGAGAAAUGUUCGUGAUGACAUUGAACAAGAGGAUGAAAUGGAGGCGUAUCUGCGAUUUAUGGAGGAGAAUCCCAAUGUGGGUGUUGUCGGGGACGAAGAUGAAAUAUACGAAUAUGAUGAGGAGGGGAACGUCAUUUCAAUGGAGAAAAAGACCAUAGAUCCCUUGCCUCCGGUUGAUCACUCCCUCAUUAACUACGCCCCCUUCAGCAAGAACUUUUAUAUCCAACACCCUGAUAUCACAGCAUUGAGUGAGACGGGUGUAAUGGAUUUGCUUAGGAAGCUGAAUAUUCGUCUGAGUGGCAUAUCACCCCCACGGCCCGUCUGUUCUUUCGCCCACCUCAAUUUGGAUAGCGCAUUAAUGGAAGCCAUCAGACAAGCGGGCUAUACGCAGCCCAUGCCCAUUCAGGCUGCUGCUGUGCCCGCCGCGCUUUCAGGACGCGAUAUUGUGGGCAUCGCUAAGACUGGAAGCGGGAAAACUGUUGCUUUUCUCUGGCCGAUGGUCACUCACAUUAUGGCUCAGCCCGAAUUGAAACUGGGAGAUGGUCCCAUCGGAAUAGUGUGUGUGCCUACCCGUGAAUUGGCCAUCCAGAUCUACACAGAAGCCAAGAAGCUGGCCAAACUUUACAACCUCAAUGUGGUAUGUGCCUAUGGUGGUGGAAGCAUGUGGGAGCAGCAGAAGGCGUGCGAGGUCGGCUGUGAAAUCCUUAUUUGUACGCCGGGCCGAUUAAUCGAUCUGGUUAAAAAGAAAGCAACGAAUCUACGUCGCGUCACAUUCCUUGUCUUUGAUGAAGCUGACAAGAUGUUUAAUCUGGGAUUCGAACCGCAGGUGCGAUCUAUUGCCAACCAUGUUCGUCCCGACAGGCAAGCCCUUCUCUUCAGUGCCACAUUCAAGAACCGAAUUGAGCGUUUGGCACGUGAUAUUCUCACUGACCCCGUUCGUAUUGUGCAAGGAGAAGUUGGUGAGGCCAAUGAGGACAUUACCCAGAUUGUUGAAAUUUUCAACAAAUGGGAAGAAAAGUGGGACUGGCUUACUCGAAAUGUGGUUCGCUUCACUGCAGAGGGUAGCGUUUUAAUUUUCGUGACACGAAAAGCACACUGUGUGGAGGUAGCAGAAAAGUUAAAGACACGAGACAUGAAGGUCCUCCUUCUUCACGGUGACAUGCAUCAGUCGGAUCGGAACAGUGUCAUCCACAAAUUCAAGCACAAUGAGGCUCCCAUUCUUGUUGCCACAGAUGUUGCCUCUCGUGGGCUGGACAUUCCCAGCAUCCAUACUGUGGUGAACUACGAGGUGGCUCGUGACAUCGACACGCACACUCACCGCGUGGGUCGUACAGGUCGAGCUGGUGUUAAAGGUACGGCGUAUACUUUGUUCGUGGCAGGUCGUGACCCUGCGGACUUCGCGGCACAUCUGGUGCGCCAUCUGGAACUGGCAGGUCAGGUAGUUCCGCCGCGCCUCCUAGAGAUUGCACGACAGUGCGUAUGGUUCGCCGAGAAUCGAGCAAAGGCAGCAGCUGCGCGGGCGGAGCAUCCACGACCCGGCAUUGGCUUUCAACCACGUGAAAGGCCGCCAUCAUCACAAACUGACUUCCGCAUGGGUUAUGGUGCCUCCGAACCUGCUUCCACUGGCUCCGCAUCCUCUACUUCUACCUCUGACCUCCAUUUUCCGUCCUGGCAACCUGGCUGUGGACCGGCUACUGUCGCUGCCUCUGGUGCACACCAAACGGAUCGCCUGGCGGCAAUGAAGGCGGUUUUCGCGUCGCAGUACAACCGUCGCUUCGUCUCAGCGGGUGUGGAGUCUACGAAGUACACGCAUCCUGAACUCCUCGGCGCCAACACCGCAAGUAGGAGUGACUCAGUUAAUGAAUUCCGGGUGCCCCAGGCUCCCCCUCCUUCUACAGGUGUCGCCUCAGCACCGCAAACAAAACGGAGGCGAUCCCGUUGGGACUGA